AAUCCUCUCAUCAAUGUCAAACUGGUCGUGUUAACCAAUCACAUUAAAGUGGGCGGGGCUUACAGUCCACACGAGCCCGGAAUAAACUUCAGCGCGCCGCGCUUCAGCUGUACAGCGCACAGAGGAAGGGAUCCCUAACCAAGCAUGCCACAAAUCCUAGAGAAAAACACAAGUUUUACAUGGUCGACGAACCAGCGCACACUUCAAUUUAAAGGUGUUGUCCUUAAAAGACGUCAUUUCCAGCACACGCUUCUGUCCGGUAGCACUAAGAACACAAAAAGGAUGGGCAGCAAUAAUGGGAUAGAAAAUCCUAAACCAAACGCAUUACCAUUGAUGGAUAAAGUUGGUCCGGGUGUUGAACCUGAGAGUUCCAACUCAGAAGAACGCACAUCGUGUACAGAUGAAAAGCCUCUGCUCGGAGUUCCACGAAAGUAUCGCAUGAGGGACGAGUGUGGAAACCUUUUGCCAAAAAAACGCGUGGCAAGGAUGCCAGCCUCUGCCACAUGGUUACCCGUGUCGCAUAUGGAAGUGUGUAGCAAGCUUACUCUCGAGGUCAGAAGUCUUAAACUUGGAAAUGUGAACUUGAAUUUCAGAGGGUCUGUCACAUUUUCAGUGGAUUAUAUUGAGAUUACAAACAACGUGAAAAUCGAGGCAUCAGAGCUCACCAGCUGCGAAUGGUGCAGGAGCCGUAGACUGCCCGCUCUGCUCCUACAUAUGACCGAUGCAGCAAUUUGGCGUCUGAGAGAGCAGCUUGUCGUGUCUACGGAUACGGAGACGUGGGAUGGCUGUCGGAGCAAACACCAACAAGAAACAUACCUUCUCCUCAUUUUUGAGAGUGCACCAACAGUGCUGGAGGAGGCAGCGCUAGAAGAGAUAUUCGCAGAAAUAGGCAGGCUUAAGAAUUUAAGCAACUUCACGGUCAAUCUCACGUAUGAGGAAGCCAGAGACAGACUAACGACACGUGAAUGUUUUCAGGCGAAUGAGGUAAAAACCCUGAGUGUCUCAGACGACGAGGAUGAUCUGAUGGAGUGCUCGUCCUCACAUGCCGAAACACUGGUCAUCUACCCACCUCCCCCAGCUAAGGGUGGCUUUUCUAUCACUAACGAAGACCUCCAUUGUCUCAACGAGGGCAACUACCUGAAUGAUGUUAUAAUAGAUUUCUAUUUGAAAUAUUUGGUCUGUGAGAAGUUACAGGAGAUGGACGCCAACAGGUUUCAUGCAUUUAGCUCCUUCUUCUACAGAAGUCUCACUCAAACCGACCUGACGGAAGAUCUAGACGGCACAAGCUUAUCCAUUCAAGAGAGGAGGCAUAACCGGGUGAAAACAUGGACCAGGCAUUUGGAUGUUUUCCAGAAGGACUUCAUUUUUGUCCCGAUUAACCAGUUGGCUCAUUGGUACCUGGCUGUUAUUUGUUUCCCGGGCCAGGCUUAUUACUCCACUAUGGAUCCUUGUGAGAAUAAGAUAGAGGAGAACCCAAUAGUGUUAGCUUCUAGCUCACCUUUUUCAAACCCCAUGUCACUUUUCUACAGACACCAAACAUCUAAGCAAAUCUCCAAGUGUACUGAAAGUGAAGUCGAUCUGGACGAGGGAUUCUGCUUUGUUUCAGAUGAUUACCUAGAAGACGACUUUCAGUUCAAUGCAAACGGCAGAUAUUCAUCCCAGAUAAGUGAUAUUACUUCUAAACAGCCCUGCAUUCUCAUUAUGGAUUCUCUUGGGUGUGGUGCCAAACCAGCAGUGGUGAAAGUACUACAAGAGUAUUUGGAGAUGGAGUGGCGAGUGAGAAAGGGCUCGUUGUGGAGUUCUGGGAAACAAACCAUGACUGGAUGGAGUGUGCAGGUCCCACAGCAGGAUAAUCACACUGACUGUGGAGUUUAUGUUUUGCAGUAUGUGGAAAGCUUUAUCACAAACCCACCAAGGAAUUUCCAUGCUGCCAUUGACCUGAGGGACUGGUUUCCACAGGAGCUUGUGAAAAAAAAGCGGGAAAGAAUUAAAGAGAUUAUUUUUAGCCUUCAUCAUCAACAGCAAGCUGAAUUUGGAGAAUGAGUGCCCCCUAAAGACUCUACUCGAUAUUGCACACUUAUCUCCAGUUCAGGCAUUCUGUUCAGCUGCUAAAUGUCUGGGUUUUUUUUAUUUGCAUUUAGACAGUCGUUUAUUUUGUCAAAUUGUGUAAUUAAAAUAAAAUUGUAUUGUAUUUA